GUUUGCUCAUUUGUUUUUACUCUAGAAAAUUACGAAUUUUCUCCUCGUCAAAAGCAACGAAACCAGGCAAGUGGAGCCGGAGGGUAGCUCCAACGGAACGGCACCCCAAAUCUUUCCCCAUCUCGCGCGAGAUACAGAUGACAGAACUCUGCAGCUCUGAGCUCCGGUGAUGGCAGCACACCAUUCUUAACUAUCUUCCUAGCCUUCUACAAGUGCUGCUGCCGCGAUGCGCUCCAAGGACAGGAUCGCCUACUUCUACGACGGCGACGUGGGCAAUGUCUACUUUGGGCCAAACCACCCGAUGAAGCCGCAUCGGCUGUGUAUGACCCAGCAUCUCGUUCUCUCUUACGAGCUGCAUAAGAAGAUGGAAAUCUAUAGGCCUCACAAGGCAUACCCUGUAGAGCUUGCCCAGUUCCAUUCAGCUGAUUAUGUUGAGUUUCUGCAUCGGAUUACUCCGGACACACAGCACUUGUUCUCAAAUGAAUUGGCAAGAUAUAAUCUUGGAGAAGAUUGCCCUGUCUUUGAGAAUUUAUUUGAGUUUUGUCAAAUAUAUGCUGGUGGAACAAUAGAUGCUGCACGCAGACUAAACAACCAACUUUGUGACAUUGCAAUUAAUUGGGCUGGUGGACUACAUCAUGCUAAGAAGUGCGAGGCAUCUGGAUUUUGUUACAUCAAUGACUUGGUUUUGGGGAUUUUGGAGCUUCUAAAAUAUCAUGCCCGUGUUUUGUAUCUUGAUAUAGAUGUGCAUCACGGUGACGGGGUUGAAGAAGCCUUCUAUUUCACAGACAGGGUGAUGACAGUCAGUUUUCACAAGUAUGGGGAUCUGUUCUUUCCUGGAACAGGUGAUGUUAAGGAAAUAGGAGAAAGAGAAGGAAAAUUUUAUGCCAUAAAUGUCCCACUAAAAGAUGGUAUAGAUGACACUAGCUUUACUCGACUUUUCAAGACGAUUAUUUCCAAGGUUGUUGAAACAUAUGCACCAGGUGCGAUAGUACUCCAGUGUGGGGCAGAUUCACUUGCUGGGGACCGACUAGGCUGCUUCAAUCUCUCCAUUGAUGGGCAUGCUGAAUGUGUUAGGUUUGUGAAGAAAUUCAAUUUGCCAUUAUUGGUUACUGGAGGUGGGGGAUACACAAAAGAGAAUGUUGCACGAUGUUGGACCGUUGAAACAGGAGUUCUUUUGGAUACAGAACUUCCCAAUGAGAUCCCAGAAAAUGAAUACAGCAAGUAUUUUGCUCCAGAGUAUUCGUUGAAGAUUCCGCAUGGUCACAUAGAGAACUUGAAUAGCAAGUCGUAUCUUGGCACAAUCAAGAUGCAGGUCUUGGAAAAUCUUCGUUGCAUUCAGCAUGCACCAAGUGUACAGAUGCAAGAGGUUCCACCAGACUUCUAUAUUCCUGAUUUUGAUGAAGAUGAACAGGACCCUGAAGAACGUGUAGAUCAGCAUACCCAGGACAAGCAAAUCCAGCGCGAUGAUGAAUAUUAUGAAGGUGAUAAUGACAAUGACCAAAACAUGGAUGAUGUAUAGGCAUUUUCAUCCCUUUUAGGUUAGGGCAUUUGUUUUUUGGGUGCUGUGAGAUAGAUCAUAUUGGGUAAAAAAUGCCUUUAUAUAUCCAAACUGGUUAUCUUGUCAAGAGAGAAAUUUAGAAAAGAUGCCUCUAACUUGCUUCUGUUUUCACUGUUUGUGUAUUUAAGUUGUUGAUAUAGAAUGAAUGUAGUGUUUGAGAGCAUAAAUUUUAGACUUUGAAUUUGAAUUUGGGUUAAUUUGAAUAAAUUUGAAUAAAAUUUUAUACAUCAUUUAGUUCAAA